CUGCCGUAUAGGGCAAUGAAAGGUCUCUCUGUCCUCUGGGUCACCGGCCUGUCUGUCUCUGCUCUGAUUGUGUUUUCUCUCUCUCUGCUGCUCCAGGUGUUUUUCUCAGCCUACAUCUUCAACAGUAAUGUGAUGGUGAAGGUGGCCACUCAGCCUGCAGACAACCCCCUGGACGUCCUGUCCCGCAAGCUGCACCUGGGCCCCAGCAUGGGGCGUGACGUGCCCCGCCUGUCGCUGCCAGGGAAACUCGUCUUCCCCAGCUCUACCGGGAGCCACUUCUCCAUGCUGGGCAUCGGCGACAUCGUGAUGCCCGGCCUGCUGCUGUGCUUCGUGCUGCGGUAUGACAACUACAAGAAGCAGGCCAGCGGGGAGGUGCCUGGCCCCGCCAACAUGUCUGGGCGCAUGCAGAGGGUCUCCUACUUCCACUGCACCCUCAUUGGCUACUUCGUGGGGCUCCUGACGGCGACAGUGGCGUCCCGUAUCCACCGCGCGGCCCAGCCUGCCCUGCUGUACCUCGUCCCCUUCACCCUCCUGCCCCUGCUCACCAUGGCCUACCUGAAGGGAGACCUGCGGCGCAUGUGGUCCGAGCCCUUCCACUCCAAGGCCAGCAGCUCGCGCUUCCUGGAGGUAUGAUCCCCGCGGCCACGGGGGCGCCAGGCUCCUCUCCGGUCUCGGCGGGGCGCGAGCAAGGGAACGAGGAAAGGAAGAGGCAGCAGGCAAAUCCUUCUCUCCUUCUCGCUCGCUCUCUCGCUCUCUGUACGAUUCCAUUCCUUUGCGUUUUGUUUUACGUUUCGGAGCAUUUCAGACUUGAGCCCAGCACCCCGCGCCCCUCUGUCCGUGUCUCCGGCCCCUUUCAUUUCCACGCAAACCGGCUAGAUCAGCGGGACAACAUGGCGGCGCACAGGACUGCGGCUGAGGAGGCUGGAGAGACUGGAGACCUGCGGCACCGCAGAGACAUCAGAGCAUCAGUGCGGCACCGCAGAGACAACAGAGCAACAUUACAGCACAGACACAGAAUGGGACCAGCACACCCCUGUGGCCACAGUGCACUGCAGACUUUUACUUCUGAACAUCGGCUUUCCCACCGUCGGUGGGACUCUGCUCCCUCCUGCAGGUGUGCUCGUCAUCAUCACAGCGGGCGAGACGUUGCUCUUGGCGGUGGUGUGGCCUGCGAUGACUCUACAGGGCUGUGGAAGCAGUGACUACUGUCUGCAGUCAGAGCUGCAGUUCUGUUUUUAGGGUGCUGGGUUUCUUUUACUCUUGAAACUGUGGAGCAAAUUGAAUGUGUUGCAAAGCAAACCGGACAGAUUGUGGACCAGACCAUGCAAAGUAGUGGGCGUGUGUGCUUGCUGCGGGGGCGUCUGAGCGCGUGUGCAUGUGUGUGUGUGCUGGGGGGUGUGUGUGUCCGUGUGCUGGAGGGUGUAGACAGGCCAUGGAGGGGGUUGGGUUUGAGUGCUUGGCCAGUGCUGGUUUUACUGUAGUUUCUGCGGCCAGCUGUUCAGUUUUUCAGACUGCGUCUCGGCAGCUGCCGUGUGUUCGUUCUGUGGGGUCCCACCGCAACGCCCCCUCACCCCCAAAUCCAAGGUCCCAGGACUGGCUGAGCAGCAGGAUGAGUGGAGGGGAGGGUGUGGAUACAGGAGUCGGGAUGGACACAUUUCGGACUCUUGCCCGUUUCUCCCAGUGAUUUCCGGAGGUUGGCUGAGCGGACUGCAGUUUUGCACCAGUGACUUCUGACCCCUGCAGCCACUGGCGCCCUGACGCAUCAGAGACUUGAGCAGCAGCCCCCCCUCCCCAUCGCCUCUGGUAUCAUUCUGGACUAUAAUUACGACAAUAAUAAUAAUGAUUUAAAAAUGUGGAUUUUCCUUAUUUUUAUGGAAGAGUGCUUUCUUUUUAUCCCAUUAAUUGUAUGGUUUCUUUUUUGUGUGGUAGAGUAGUUUCCAUUUUAUACUUCUCUGUUCUUCGCUCCUCUCUGCUUGCUCUGGCGGAGGGGAACCGCGCUGUGCACACGGUGCCAGCCAGAUCAACACGUUCUGUAUUAAAUAAACCAUUGUGUAGUGAUAAGAGGGUCCUGACAACUGAACUUAAAAAGAAAUGUUUCAUCUCCUUAACCUCCUGGAGUCGGGACUCCUUUGUAAAUAAAAGUGAACUCUAACUGUA